GGCUAUUCCGCUUCUUCCUUUACAAUCUGAAACGCUUUCUCUAUCGAUUCGCGUUUUCGGCAGAUCAUCCACAUGCACGGUUUCCGAAAUCUCCACAGAUCGAAGACGGUACCGUUGAAUCUGAAUCUCGAGAGUUUUCUUCAUCGAUUCGAUUGAAAAAGAAAACAAUAGCUGAUGCCGUCAUCGGAUUGGAUCUAAUAGAUCUCUCUCGCUCCACUUUGAAACACCAAAGCAGUAUUUCUUCAACAGCAGCAACCCUAACUCUAGAAGAAGUGAUACAUU